CUUGUCAGACCUUUAGAGGUAGAAUGUCACCUGGUGUGCCUGCGGGAGAACACAAGUGCUCUGAAACCUUUCAGAAGUUGGAGUGUGAUUCAGAGUUCAACUUUUAUUGUUUUAAAGUGAGAAUAGAAAGGAUGUGCAGGGCGAUUCUGCACAUUUUGAUAUUGUUGAUGCUCGUCUGUCAGGUUUUGCCUGAGAAUGACAGGAACUUCACAGCUUCCUGUCCGGAGAACCAGAAGUCUUUUCGAGGUUCAUGCUUUGAGCUCGUGGCUCUGCAGCGAUCUUUUCACAGCGCCCAAGAUUGGUGUGAGGACAGUGGAGGACACCUUGCAUUUAUUUCUGAUAAAGACACUCAGAUUUUCCUUGAGAGACUUGUGGACUCUGAAAAGGACUCGUGGAUCGGACUGGCACCAUCCUGCUCCUCAAACAAGCAACUUCCUCUGGAUGCUGAAGGUCCUCUCUCUUGGCUUGAUGGUUCACCCGUCACAUUUUCAAAGUGGGCAAGCAUCCCGCUGCCGGGUACGCGGUGUGGACACGUUCUGAGAAACUCUGAUUUCCAGUGGGAGGCCACGAGGGACUGCUACCAAGAAAAGGCUUUUAUCUGCCAGAUCGAAUCUGGGAGAAGGAUUAUACGGUCGGGUCGCAGCACCUCUCUGAAAUGCAGCUCUGAUCAGGUGUUAAUGAUAGACGGCGGCCGCAGGAGCGUUAACUACUGCCCAUCUAGGUCUUCUCCUCCAACAUUCACACAUCAGGAGUGUGCCUGGGUGGAUGCUGUUGACCACAUUAAAGCUGAAUGUCAAGGCCAACAAGUCUGUCAGAUCGACGUUAUGAACACAUCUGAUGACCUUUGCCCCGACCUGAGGAGCUACUUGACUGUGGAGUUCCACUGCAAAGAUGCUCUCUUGCUGUCAAUACAAUCUAUGGCUGCUGUUUCUGAAUUGGUCACAAUCACAACAGAACUUCAUCAUUCAUCCACCUGCAAGUUAAAUACUGGAGAUGGAAAGACUUAUCUACUAUCCAUCCCAAAAGGGACUGAGAGAAGCGUGGUACACACUUACACUCAUCCUGGUCCAUUUGUCGUGGUGGCUAAAUGCACCAAUGGUGAAAAACACGUUACGACUCAGAAGAUAAUUGCCAUUCAAACACCAGUUGCGCAGAUUGGUGUCAUCAGGUGCUUUGCUGGAAACGUGUCUUUCCCCUAUACCAACUACAGAGCUCUGAAUGGAGAAGCAUUUCAAAUUCAAAUGGAAGCAAAAGCAGGAACUAAUGUGGUCUAUACAAGUGAAGCUGAGGAAAGGCUGCUGGGUGGCUUAUCUGUGCUCAGAGGAAAUGUUCCUCGGAACAUCACAUUGAAUCCAGAAUCAGUAAAACAACUCGGGCCCGGCUGCCACCUUCUGACUCUUUAUGCUUCUAACGGGGUCACUUUUCCAGAAGGAUCCACAAACCUGCAGGUUUGCAUUUUGGAGAAGAUAUCUGGGCUCCAGGCCUCCAUACUGCGAAAGAGAGGUGUCUGUUCAGGUCCUCCGUGUUUUACCAUUGAUGUUUCCCUCAACCGAGGAGAACUGGUGCUACUCCUCUUCUCCAUGACUGGAGACGGUCACUCGUUUUCUGAAAUCAGGGAAAUGAACUCAAAGAGGGAGAGUUUUCAUAUUAAACUCUCACUUAAAGGGUCGACGCAAGUGAAGAUCAAAGCCUGGAAUGCUUUCUCCUCUCAGGAGGUCCAUGUUUUUGCCUCCCGUGAUGAGGACUCCGUCAUUAAACUAAAUGGUGUUAAUGAAAAUUUGCCUAAAACGAGGAAAGGACAUGUGAGAGUUGUGAGGUCUACAUGGUCCAUCAAAGCAGUGCCUUCGAAUUCUGUAAACUCCAAAAAUACACCCAUCACACUUUCAGUAGAUGGCCAACUAGCUGGCAGUAUAACAUAUGACUGGGGAGUUGACAGGGGUGGCAGUGGCAACAGCAGAAACACUGGUAACAGUGGCAACAGUGGCAACAGAGGAAACAUUGGUAACAGCAGUAACGAUGGUAACAGUGGCAACAGCGGCAACAAUGGUAACAGCGGCAACAAUGGUAACAGCGGCAACAAUGGUAACAGCGGAAACACUGGUAACAGCGGUAACAAUGGCAACAGUGGCAACACUGGCAACAACGGAAACACUGGCAACAGCGGUAACAAUGGUAACAGUGGCAACAGCGGCAACAACGGAAACACUGGCAACAUCGGUAACAAUGGUAACAUCGGUAACAAUGGUAACAGAGGAAACACUGGUAACAGCGGUAACAAUGGCAACAGUGGCAACAGCGGCAACAACGGAAACACUGGCAACAGCGGUAACAAUGGUAACUGUAAUGGCCGAUCUUCAGAUCCAGAGCGAGUCAUUGAUGCAAGUUGCCUGCCAGAUCCAUUUCACUUUGACUUGUAUUCUUUGACGUUGAAGGGGAACGGGCAGAACUCGGAAACAAAUACAAUAUGUGUUACCGUGAAUCCCAACUUGGAUACAUCAAAUACAGUAAGUCUUUCUUGCCAUGGUGGCUGUAAUCAAGGAAACGGACAACAGGAUGCAACAAUUAUCCUGAACUGUAACUCAGGCUCUUGUACAAACAUCAUUUGGUACAUGGAGGUCUUAAGUGGGGAAAGCCAAUGGGAUCCUGCAACAAAACACUGCUACAAGAAUGCUCAGAAAGUCCCUCUGACUAAUUCUCAAAAUGGUGAAAACAAUUACAAAGUGGAUAAAAAAGACAUUUCAGUUGCCAUGUCCAAGAACAGGAAUGUCACUGUUGUGGUAACUUAUGCUAGGUCGAAUCAACUACUAUAUCAAACCUAUGUUAUAAAGACAUCUUCACGUCCAACUACAACCACAAAACGCCCACUAACUUCAACUACGCGGACAACAUCUAAACCAACCACUCAAAGUUCAAACGGUCUAUCUUGCGUCAUAUCACCACUGACCGGAACAAUCGUUGUUCCUUUCCGGAUAGAUUGCACAACUAAAUUGUCUUGUCCUCAUUGUCUGUAUUGUUUUAAAACUGGGGACAAGAACCUGCUCUGCAGUAAAAACAAUGUUGUGAAGGCUGUAUUCCUUCCUCGUGGUGACAAUCUUCUUAUAACAGCAACUGCAAAUGCUGGCAAAUACUCAGCCAGCACCACCUUAACUGUACAGGUUUCAUCUAGUUCAAGCUUAUCUGGUGGUCUUAGCUCAGAAGUGUCCAGCGUCGUGGCCCAGUUAAAGAACGACAGCCUGCUGUCUGGAGCAACUGUAGGAGGACUCAUUAACUCUGUAGCCACAACUAUGAACAACCUAUCUGAUGCAUCAAACCAGCAAGACCGGCAAAAACUCAGAGAACAAAUGUUGGACAUAAUGAUUGACACAGUAAAUAAAGUUCCUACUAGCACCCCCCAGGAGACUCAGGUGUUAGCCAGAGGACUCACUGCUCUAACCGAGAAAGGCAAUGAACUGAGGGAGUCUGAUCAGGUUUCUGCCUCCAAAUUGUUUUCAAACCUCAGUUUGUCUAUUGUACACAUGAAUGUGAACUCAUCCGAUGAGGAAGAAGUGAUCACUGCAGCCAUCAUCAUUAUGGAAGGCCUGAGCAACAUCUUAAAGUAUUCUUCGGAUCAAAACACCUCUGAUACUGUCCUGGAGGCUCUAAACAACUUACAAAGUGCACUCUUGAAAAUGAAGACGGUCAAUGAAGGACCAACCAUAAUUGCACAACCCCACAUUGGCUUAUAUGUAAACAGAGUCACACUGGGCAAUUUGAGUUCUCAACGUAUAGGCUUUGCCAACACUUCUUACCCAACAUUUUCUCUGCCAGAACUACCAGUUGAUAUGUUUCCCUCAGAGGAACCAGUGGAUGUUCGAAUGCUGAGUUUAGAUAAAAACCCAUUUUCCUGGAACCUGAGAGGGAACAUCAGCGGACUAAUAGGUGGUCUGUCGCUCACAGCAAUAGAUGGAUCCGGUAUCCCCGUGGAGAACUUAAGUGAAGAUGUUGAGAUUCUGUUGCCGAGACCUGCUGGAGAACAGGUGAACACUUCGGUUUUGGAUCUAAGGAACUACAGCACUACAGCCAUAGAUGUUCCUUCAGCUGACAGCACGCUGCUUUUGAAGAUGGUGCCUUCAAUGGAUCCUUUACCCUUCAAACUGUUGCUUGGUUAUAGGAAUUACCCAACGGAUUCAAAUUAUAUAGCAAUGACUCAGAUGCCUCUGCAGGGAUCUACACAAGAGGAGCGGUACACGUGGAUCCUUGAUGGUGCAAGUUUAAAAGGAAACACUGGAACAUAUUAUCUUGUGGUGAGGCCUAUUGUAGGUCCAGGUAUCAAAUCUAUCAAUGCCACAUUAUCGAUCACUCCCAUCACAUCCUCGUGCAAAUUUUGGAAUGAAACACAGUUGGACUGGAAAGAUUCUGGAUGCAAAGUUGGUGUAAAAACUACACCAUUUGUCACCCAGUGCCUCUGCAACCACCUCACAUUUUUUGGGAGUUCUUUCUUUGUGACACCAAAUCUUGUUGACCCGUCUCAAACCGCUCAGCUUUUUGCAACCUUUGCUCAGAACCCUGUGGUAGUGUGCUUCGUCGGUGCGCUCUUUGUGACCUAUCUCUUAGUGGUUGUGUGGGCACGGAGAAAGGACAUCCAAGACACAGGCAAGGUGAAGGGAACGGUGCUAGAAGAUAAUGAUCCCAUGGACAAUUAUUUCUAUCUGUUGAGUGUUUGCACUGGACGUCGUAUGGGUGCAUCCACUUCCUCUCAGGUUGUUGUGACUCUUCUGGGUGCAGAAGGAAGCAGUCAGCCCCACCACCUUUCUGAUCCAAAGAAGCCAUUGUUUGAGCGAGGUGCGGUGGAUUUGUUUCUGCUAGCUUCCCCUCACUGCUUAGGAGAGCUGCAGGGCAUCAGGCUGUGGCACAACAACUCAGGGAGUCAUUCUGCUUGGUUUGUGGGGAACAUUAUGGUCCAGGACUUACAGACAGAUGAAAAAUGGAUCUUUUUAUGUAAUUCUUGGCUCGCGAUUGACAUGGGUGAAUGCUCCUUGGAUCAAAUAUUUCCUGCUUCUACGGAGACGGACCUGAAGACAUUCAGUAAUUUGUUCUUCAUGAAGACAGCAAAGGAUUUCAGUGAUGGACACCUGUGGUUCUCUGUGAUGUUUCGUCCACCGAACAGCACUUUUACUUGUGUGCAAAGAGUUUCCUGUUGCUUCUCCCUGCUGCUGUGCACCAUGCUGACCAGCCUCAUGUUUUAUGGGAUCCCCACUGACCCGUCCGAACAGGUCAUGGACUUGGGUCACUUCCAGUUCACCUGGCAGCAGUUCAUGGUUGGACUUGAGAGUUCCCUCAUCAUGUUUCCGAUAAAUCUCAUCAUAGUCGGAAUCUUCAGAAACACUCGUCCACGACAGAUGCCUUGUUGCCAGAGCAAGACCAAGAAAACAAAAAACCUUCAGCGUGAGGGCGCUUUGCUCACCGUUUCCUCUCUGAAGGCCUCCAAAACUGCUAGAAAUGCCGAGUUAGACAAUAUCUUAAAGGAUAUUACAAGAAUUGUCCAGUCGUUCUCUGAGACGACAAAAAGCAACAUACCACGCACCAAGUUUGGAAAAGAGUCUGAAAUCAACGUUCUGCUUUCUGAAGUAGAGCGUUUUAUUAAACAGAACUACAGAAUAAGAGCUACUACCCAGUCAAAUGCACAGUCUAAGCUACCAGUCAGGGGCAUUGAAAAGCAGAGCAACAAAACGCAACAGCUGUACAAACAGCUGGGCUGCCUGGAAGGGGAAAUGAAUCAGCUGGACACCUCCAGCUUCUCCGACCCAGACGGGUUUUGUCAGACUCUGCAGCGAGUUCAGAACACGAAGAGCAUCCUUAGAGACCAUCUUUUCACAUCCAACCCCAUCAACCAGGAGGAACACCAGAAGUCCAUUCCUGCAGAUUGCACUUCUGACCAUUUAGAACAAAAUAAGAAAGUGAGUCAUCAGGGAUGUCUGCCCUGGUGGUUUAUCUUUGUCGGCUGGCUGCUGGUGAUCGGAACCAGUGUUAUAGCAGGGUACUUUACGAUGCUCUACGGGUUGAAAUUUGGAAAGGAGCGCUCCAUAAGCUGGUUGGUAUCCAUGGUCAUCUCUUUCUUUCAUAGUCUUCUCCUUAUCCAGCCUAUAAAGGUAAGAGCAUGUACUUUUUGGUCUUUAUCCACACCUAGUAUGACUUUAAAUUAUUUUUACUCUUCUCGCACCUCUUUGCAUCUCGCAAAACAGGUGAUUUGUCUCGCAGUAUUCUUUGCACUUGUAAUCAAGAAAGUUGAGGGGGAAGAUUUUCAAAAUGUGGUGUUUGAGAAAAGCGAAAAAACUCCAGGUGAUGAAAAUAACCAACACACAAGGAGAUGGGAGGGCUCCUUGUAUGAGCCACCUCCUCCUGCAGACAUUGAAAGAAUGAAAAGGAAAAAGAUUUUGGAACAGAAGGCAUUUGCUCUCCUUACAGAGAUUUUAACCUACUUGGGCUUCAUGUGGAUGUUGCUGCUGGUAGCUUUUGGUCAAAAAGACCCCAACGCAUUCUUCCUGAAUCAGCACAUCAUCAACAGCUUCACGCAAAAUGUUCCGGACAGCGUGAGCACUCAGGGUGUGUUUAUGUGGGCCAACACGUCACUACUCCCAAACCUUUUUGGAGAAUUUCAAGGAUUUAUUACCGAUGGAAAGUCCAAGCUGGUGGGGAACGCUCGUCUUCGUCAGCUGAGAGUCCAGAAGAAUUCUUGUCAGGUUGCAGGCUCUAUGCUAACAUUUGUGUCAAACUGCAAUGCUGUGUAUUCAUGGGAGAUGGAGGACAUGGGGUCCUAUGAACCAGGGUGGAACCACUCCCUGUUGGAUAAUAUUUCUACAAGCACAUCCAGACCAUGGAAGUACCAGACGCAAUCCGAACUCAGGAAUCGACCUUUUUGGGGCAGACUGGAGACCUACCGAGGCGGUGGUUACGUAGCUGACUUGGGCCCGAAUCUCCUGCAAGCUCGUGGCACACUUGAUUAUCUUUGGAAUAAUAAAUGGCUCGAUGAGUACACGAGGGCGGUUUUUGCUGAGUUCACAGUUUAUAAUGCAAAUGUGAACCUGUUCUGCAUCGUCACAUUCUUGAUGGAAACAGCUGCUGUAGGAGCUUUCCGGCUCUACAGUGAGCUGCAGAUUGUUCGACUUUACCAGGCAAUGGAUGGCCUUUACUUCUCCGUCAUGGUUGCUGAGAUCCUUUAUUUGCUUUUCAUCCUUUAUUACAUGUUCCAGCAGGGGAAACUGAUGAAGCAGCAGCGUUGGAGUUACUUUAAAAACAAGUGGAACCUUCUGGAGCUCAGCAUCAUCCUCUUAAGCUGGAGCGCUGUGGCUCUUUUUAUCAAGAGGACCCUCCUUGGAAACCGUGACCUGGCCUACUACCAGAACCACAAAGACCAAUUUGCCAGUUUCUACGACACUGCCACAGCUGACAUCAUGCUUCAGUACUCGAUCGCCUUCCUGGUCCUUCUCUCCAACAUCAAGCUGUGGCAUCUUCUCCGACUAAACCCCAAGAUGAACCUGAUCACAGCAGCCCUUCGACGAGCUUCGACCCACAUUUUCCUCAAUCUCGUGGUCAUUGCGAUCAUACUGGUGGCGUACGCCGUCACUAGCAACAUCAUCUAUGGCUGGGAGCUCGCCUCCUACAAAACCUUCACAUCUGCUCUUCUGACCCUCAUCUGUUUGCAAAUCGGCAUUUUCAACUUUGAUGAGGUACUGAAUGACGACCAUCUGAUUGGUGGACUACUCUUUGGUUCCUGUACUAUCCUCCUGACGUUUGUGGUGCUCAAUCUCUUCGUGGCGGUCAUUCUUGUGUCUCUGGAGGAGGAGCAAAAACAACACAAGCCGUCUGAAGAGGAAGAGGUUGUCGACCUCCUGCUGAACAACAUCUGCAGUCUAUUUGGCAUCCGCUAUAAAAAUGAAAAGAAGCUCAUGGGGCUUGAUGUGAAUGGCAGCGGUGCCUUGGCCGUCAAUAACAGCAGAGAUUUCCUCAACACCUCCUCAGCUGAUGUCAACAUUUAUCAGAAAACAGGCCACUAAGUGAACCCCAAGAAAAAGAGUUGCAUUUGAUGAUCUGCUUCACAACUUAGUCACGGUCCCUGCUUUUUGCUUGUUUUCUGCUUUGAGCAUAAAAUGUAACAAUCUGUUGGGCUCUAGUUUAUAUUCAUUUAGAACUAGGGGGAUCAGUGCCAUGCUAACGAAAAAAAGAGUAAGUGAUGAAGUGGAAAAUGUCAAGUAAAAAUGUGUUCACAGGAAACGAGGCAUUUUAAAGCCCUAUAAACAAAAAAAAACCCAUGGAGUGUGUUUAAUCCCUCACCAUAAGAGUCACAAACAAAGAAUGUCAUGUUCUGUGUCCCCUUGGUCUCCAGCCCCCUCCUGUUUGUCCUCUGCGUUCUCCUCAUGUGUCUCCUGGUGUUUCCCAGCUUCUCAGGUCUCCCCUAGUCACCCCUCUGUAGUUUUAUUUUCUAUGGGUUCAGCUAUUCAUUUUAUUAGUUCCCCUUAGUGUUUGUGUCCUUCCCCACUUGUUAAUUACCGUAAAUCCUCUAAUAUUGGCCUGUAUUUAAUUAACUGCCGGUGUCGGAGUCGGCGGAGGUGAAUAAUGGCCGGCUUUUUAUUGUGGCCGGGUGGAAUGUGGUAACAAGCAAGUACGGGGGGCGGUUGUGUCAUAUCCGUCUCACUUUUGAUUUGCCAGUGAUAGACCGCGAGGGUAACUUUAACUGUGCGGAGACGAAGAGGAGGCGAAAAUUUGGUAUCAAGUCCAAAGAGAACGUGCUGAUUAUGCUGCAGAACACUGGGGAGCAGUAGCAGGGGUUGUAUGAACUAGUCAUUAGUCGACUUCACCGCUCUAUAGUGACUUUUUAUGCCUGUCAUCGACUAGUCGCUGUCACGUGAUAAUGACCGGCAAGAUGCAGCCCUCGGAAAAGACAGCAGCCUGCUGUCAGCAGGUGACAAGCUCCUGCGCGUCGGGAGGCAACGCGCUGUGCCAGAGCGUCGGUACUGACACCCGCCGUAAAACGGACAUUUAACCAAAUUGUGACGUUUACCCUCUUGCAAUUUAACCUUCCCCUCACCCCCAUCCUAAACUUAACCAGCUUGUGCAUGCAAAGCUCUGAUUGUUGACGCGCUCCACACAUCUGCUUCCUGAGCACGGCCACAGUAACAUUAUCAAAUCAGGUGUCGCCACCUCAAAAACUAAUUUAACACGCGAUCGUUUAUGUUGGCUCAUUUCCUUUUAUAUUUUCUGUAUUUUACUCUUUUAUUUGUGGCUGAUGCUUUUCACUGCUGUGGAUCGGGGCGCAUCACCCGUUUUGUCCUCGGUGACGCACCUAACUGAUGUGGCCGGCGAGCAGCCGCACUCCGCUGUUUCUGCGGUCGGUAGUUCUUUUAGAACUGCAGUUCAAAGGUAACUCAUAAGGUGAAUAUAUAUGAACCCAGGUAGCAGUUUUUCUUUAGGAUUGAGAGGAGAUGCAGGAAGAUAAUAAACAGACAGGACAGAAAAAUAGUCAAAUAAAAACAAGUUAGUUUUUGUACCUGGUGGUUGCAACAAACAGACACCAUUGAAGGUAAUCAGAAGUGAGGAACAGAAAAUGAAAUAAUUAUUUUAAUGUUUAGAGCAGCAGGAACUCUGAGAGGCUGCGGGCGCAUCAGUGAGUUUGCGGCCGCUGCGCAGGGGGAGGGGGGAGAGGGCUGAAGCAGAAACUACCGUUGUUAAAAGAGAUGUGUUUAACUUUCAAUAUGUGGGAGCAAUUUUAAUUGUCAAAAACUCCAGCGAACCAUUAGUUUAGUUGUUUUUAUAGGUUAUGUUGUUUUCCCUUCACAUUUAGUUAAUUGAUUUCACCUGUCCUCCCUCUAGGCCUCACUCCUCACACCUGUCACCUGUUCCCCUGAUUGUAUCCCUCUGUGAAGAUGGAGUUAGACUCUGGUAGGGGUUGACUUGCCCUUUAAAGCUUAUGAAAAUUGUUUGUUAGUAAAGUCGUUUGAUAAAACUCAGACUUUUUUGAUAAACGUUACAUGUUUUCAGGUAUGUUUGACCCCGGCUUUCCACGGGAGCCGUCAGCAGCACGUUACUGCAGCAGCACGUCAUAGCUGCUGAUAGGAACCGCUGUGGUCAACAGAACCUUUUCCACUGGAGCCGUCGGCAGCCGUCAGCAGCGCGAGUCGGCCGCGUCUCAGGAGCAGCAUGUCGCGGCCUUUACGCGCCGGUUCUAUUUUCUACGCGCGACGCCUCUGAAACGGGUCAAGUUAGACAUUUUUGGGGAAGGAAAGACAGGAAAUCGGACGCGGAAACGGAGAGAAGCUACAGAGAUUUUCAGAAUAAAGAACGUGCUGCCUUCCGGUUGCUUUACUUUAAAAAAUGUUACUAAUUGUGCGUCCCCGUGAGAAGUUAUCACCUAGCAACCGGUCUCCUUUGUGUUUCAGGUCCGUAUUGGCGAUUAUAAAACGGACAGAACAUAAAACACAAACCAUGUUGUAAUUUUCUCCUGCUUGUUGUUGUGUUUACUGAUGAAGUCACUCGUGUGACUUCGUGCUCUGUCGGUGACAGCUGCUCCCCUGCUGCUUCGCGUCUCGUGGGAAGGGCCAAGCAGCAGUUUACGCGAGCAAGACGUGCUGCUGCAGUAACGUGCUGCUGACGGCUCCCGUGGAAACCCGGGGUGAGACUCUUAUUUUGAAAGAUUAAAGGAACUUCUCAGUAUCCCUAUAAAAGCCGCUGCAUAAGUGUCCAAAAUUUAGCAUGUCGAAGCAAUUAAAUCCCUUUCUUAGUUUAGUUUGGGCUUUUUGUACAAGGACAGCACAAAAGACGAUGUUACAUGUAAGGGCAAUGCAACCAUUUAGUGCAGAGGUUUUCUAGAUGCUGAUUUGCAAACCUAGUCCAUACUUUAAACUUUACUCUAAAACUAUUAAAUUACAUACAAUCAGCAAACUACAUCUUGUCAUGACAUUUCAGUUCUAGGCUAUAGUUUUGACAAUAUUUUAAUUUGCUUAAUAUAAAAAAAUACCUAAACUAUUAAUUUGAGGACCAAUUGUUUUUGCAGAGUAAAUCUGAUAAAACUUUCUCUUUUAACUCUAUCAGCCUUUUCAAUCUGCUCAUUUACUGAUUCUGUGACAAAGGAGUGAGUCUGUCUCACAGGGACAAAAUUCAUCUUUUUGUAUAUUCCAUGUAGCCACAAUUAAAUAUUGUGUUUCAUUCAGAACAAUAAAAUAGUCUUGGCAAGAGUGA